AUGAAUUAUCCUUCCAAUAGAGAAUAUCAGCUAAUCUCAGAUGUUAAGCUGCCGAAAUAUCUAGAAGUCAUUGAUUCAUUGGAAGAAGAUAUUUUCUCUAUCACGGAGAUCAUAAUUGAAGAUAUUGCAAUUGAAAUUAAGAAUUAUUUAAAAGAUUUCUCAUAUAUGGAAGAUUAUUUUAAAGAAGUUAUUACAAAAGCUUUGUAUCACAGACCAAAAGAGAUCUUGAGUCUUUGUAAUCUUUAUUAUAUCCUUUUUUCAGAUUCAUCUCAAGAAAUUGAAGAUAUUUUAUUAAAUUCCUUCUUUAACAUCAAGAGAACAGGCAAGAAUGAAGGAAUAUUCAAAUCAUUUAGCGACCUAAGAGAUAUAUUUGAUAAAGAUUCAAUUGGAUAUUAUUUAAGAUAUGAUUUGAUUGAAAACAUUCAAAAUAAAUCAUUUGAAAUCUUGAAAAGUAGAGAGCCAAAGGAAUUUAGUUACACAAAAGAAGAUGUAACAAUAUCUACAUUUCCUCUAGAGAUAUCUAAUACAGGAUUGAGUUCAGAGAUGAUUGAUGUUGCCGCUUUCUUUGGAUCAAUAAAUUGUUUUAAAUUCUUGUUGUUAAAUGGUCAGAAAAUCACUGAUAACACAUUUAGCUGCAGCAUUAGGAGCGGAAAUUUAGAAUUGAUUAAACUCUGCAAGAACACAGUUCCUAGUUUGAAAGUUAAUGAUUUGACAUAUGCAAUCGAAUAUCGAAGAAAUGAAAUUGCUGAUUGGAUUUUAGAGAAUAAUGAAGUUAGAAUAAUGCAACCAUUUGAUGAUUGUUUCAAAGGAAAUACAAGAGCAUUUGUUUUUGCUUUCGAUAAUCAUCCAAAUGUUGUUAGAGAUUUCUCUGAUCUUAAAGUUAUUGAUGUAAAUACUAAUUAUGAAUUAGUGAAGUUCUUUAAUCUGAGAGAUUUUGAUAUUUACAAAUAUGAUGAAUCAAUUGAAAAACUAAAGAAAAAGAAGAAAGAUGAUGUUGUAUCAUUCUUAAUCAAAAAUAAAAAGGAUUAA